UCAGCAUACAGCAGCACCCUGCCUAGUUUCUUCUGGAAACUUCCCAUUGUCCAACCCCCAGAGUGGCCAGCACUCACCAAGGCAGGUUCUGUCCUGCUGUGUGGUUAAUGAAGCUGGUGAGCUGGCAGCUUCCUCCUGGUUGCCAUGAGAACGACCAGGGCCACUGGCCCUCUGAAAACGGAAAAGAACAGCAAGUGCAAGACCACACAUUCCAUCCUGCCUUGCAGAUUAAAACAGCUGUCAAGCCGGAGUGAAGAGUCAGACAGAGGUCUACAGAGUGGAAAAGUGAGCCUCACGGUAGAACUCUGAGAUGUAGCACUUGGGGAGCUGAAUCCAACACCGAAGUGUUUGUCUCCUGAAUUCCAGGAAGUCCGAUAUUGAGGGGGAGGAGGGAAUGUGCAUCUUCCAGGGGCCACCAGGUGAGUUCCAGUGAACUGGCUCACAAAGGGGAAACACACGCUUGGUGGCACACGCUGAGAUCAGAAUGGCACCACCUCCUGGGCACAGGGUCCUUCUGGCCGGCGUGCUGGGCAUCUUUGUUCUCCACUGCUUCACGGGAGGGCAGAAGAACAGCACGCUGAUUUUCACCAAGGAAAACACCAUCCGGAACUGCAGCUGCCCUGCAGAUGUCCAGGACUGUGACUACAGUCUGGCCAACUUGAUGUGCAGCUGUAGAACCGUCCUGCCUUUAGCCCUCGAGCAAACCAGCUACAGUGACCAUUUGACCAUCUGGUUCACAGAUGCAUCGGCCCUGGGCCUCCUGUUGAACUUCACACUGGUCCGGGACCUGAAGCUUUCUCUGUGCGGCACCAACACUCUGCCCACCGACUACCUCGCUAUCUGUGGUCUGAAGAGGCUUCGUGUCAACACCCAGGCCAAGUGCCUAUCACCAGAGCAGAGCUUGCUCAUGCUCAACGGUGGGGAAAGGGAACCCAGAGAGCAGCCCGUGUGGUUCCCCAGAGGUUGGCAAACAUGUAUGUACAUCUCCUUCUUAGAUCUGGCUCUUUUCAACAGGAAAUCAUCAUUAAAAGCAUACAGUAUUGAAAAUGUUGCCAGCAUUGCCAACAAUUUUCCUUACUUUUCUUACUUUGAAACCUUCCCAAUUUUAAGCAAUGAAAGCUAUGUCAUCACAUUCAUUUACUAACGUUGUAACAGAGGCCAACCAUCAGGAACUUUGGCAAGCUGGAAGCUGGAACAAGGAAGCUGGGAACAAGGCCAUGGGCAUCCUUACCUACAACUUCACCUGUCU